UCAAUUAUUAUGGUAGCCAAAUAUUUACUGGAUCUGAAGAAUCCACGUAUAUAUUGGAUCAAGAUAUAAUGCAGAAGACGACGGCGACUGAAGAUGUUUCCAAGGAGCAGCAACUGCUUAGCCAAACCAGUGAUAAUACGAUAGACAAUUUUGGACAUAACGAAGAGAGCGAGUACUCUUUACAAAGUCAGAAUCACUUCAGUAGUAAUUUGAUUGAUGAAGUGAGGAAUUAUCCUUGCCUAUGGGAUUUGAAGUCCAAAGGGUUCAAGAACAGUGUUAUGAAGAAACAAGCAUGGUUAAAAAUUUCAGAGCAACUCCAUGUGCAAGCAAUUGAAGCAGAAAAUGAGUUCAAAAGGUUAAGAGAAAAUUUCGAAAGUGUCUGA